ACUCAAACCACAGCAAAUCAAAUUCUUCUGUUUUGGAAGCCAAAGCUUUCGUCUUUCGAUUCUCUCUCUGCCAGAUACCAUUUUGGGCUUGCCAUGCCAUCAGUGCCUCCGUCACUGUAUUUUUUCUCUGGACGAUUUUGCCCCUGAAGCAGACCCAAAUUUCCCGCUGCUUACUUGGUUGCGAAAUAGAUGUGAUUUCUAGGGUUUUGGAGCCAAGGUUGAAGGGGGAUUUUUGAUCUGCGGAUGUCUGCUGUACGGCGACUGAUGAAGCUUUCUGCAUCCAAUUCAUUUAUGAGGUGACGGCUGAGGUGGACGAAAUGAUUCUUACAAAGCAGUAUCGUUGCAUCCACUCAGCAAGCUGUCGUUGCACAAAGGGUCAUAUAAGUGAAGAUGUGUUAUUCCUUGUAUUCCGACAGUUGAAUUGGAACCCGAAGUUGAUUGCGACACUUUUUGUUUGCAAAUGGUUUGAUGAUCUCGCCAAGCGUGUGCUGUGGAAGGAAUUUUGCCGAACAAGAGCACCAAGGAUGAUGCUUGAUCUUCAGUAUGGUGGGAGUCACAGUGUAGAUGGGAACUGGAGGGCACUUGGGAAGCUUCUUAUUUACUGUACAGGAUCUAAGAAAGGUGGCCUCUUUAACAGUAUUCAAAUCCCUGGUCACUCUGUUUACAGGACCAGGUUCUCUAGGACGUCAGGGAAGAGCUUUCUUUUACCGCAAUGCAGAACAGAUGUUUUGUAUGUGUCUGACCCCUGUGAACAUCUUGACCAAGGUGAAGAGGGAGAUGUGGGUUUUUUCCGCGGAGUUUUCAAGUCCUUCUCGAUGUCCAAGGUUCGGAAGAUGUUGAUUAAGAAGGCAGCCCAACUUCAUCCGACAGAGGUGUGCCCUUACUGUAAGGCUAAGUUAUGGAGCAUGUUGCAAGCCAAAAUGAUACCGCAGAGUGCCAGCUGCAGAUUGGGAGCCUAUGAGGAUUGCAUUGAGUAUUUUGUUUGCCUCAACGGACAUAUGCUCGGGAUCUGUACCCUGCUACCUAUAUCUGAUUCAGAAGAGGCAUCAGAGUUGGAGUAAUAGUCAGAAUAAAAAAGAGGCAGGUUCCGUGUAGCGUAGGUUGGAAAGGUCGGACAUAUCAUGAGCUCUUGUUGGCUUGCGUAUGUGGAAGGGGAAAGCAACCAUUCAAUCCCAUUGAGGCAUUGAAGCUACUGUGUAAGUGGGUUAGCCAUUUCUUUUUCAGAUGUACUUCAAAUCAAAUGUAGUCACUGAACUAUGUAAUUGGAUAUGUACAUUUAUGUAUGCUCCAUUUGUGUAAUGUGAGUCGCUUAUUGGUU